UUUAACUUCGCAAAUCCCAAUGUAUGUAGUACACUUUCUUCUUUUCACACUUCCAAAGUUCCUACAUAUACACAUUUCAACUAAAAAAGUUUGAUUUUUCGCAGUUUUAACUGCGUCGAAAAUCUCGAAUCAUAUUUUCGAUAAUGGAUUCUUCAUCGAAGAGGACAUCGAUCGCAGAAGCGCUUGUGAUCUUUAAGGAAAAACUUAAAGAAGAACACUACUCUUUUGUGCAAAGAGCUCUAAUGAAAUUUGAAAAAAGUUUCAUGGAAGAAAAAAGAAGAAUGGAAGAAACGUAUAAUCAGAUAAUAGAAGACCAUCGCAGGUACUAUAAGAAGGACAACGAUUUGUUGUCUGAGAGAAUCGAAGAAAUAGAGAACGCGACAAGUGAAAGCGUGGAUUGCUACGCGGAGAAACUGAGAGAGUUGAGGGAUGAAGUUUCUCUUAUGGUGGAAAAUGAGAGAAAAAAUGAUGAAGAUUUGGUGGUGGAAACAGACAUUCAAGCUACUGGUGCGAAUGGCGUUAACAACGUGGAAUCUUCUCAAGGCGAAGAUCGGGCAAUCGUGCUUUUUGAUGAUCCAAAAUCGGUUGGCACCUCAACCGGAAAUAGCAGUGGUCAAUCGAGACUCAAAGAUCCAUCGGCAUGUAAAGCAAUAGUCUUGAGUGAAGCGUCAGACGAACCAGAAACUAUGCUGGUUUGUACAAUGAACGACAAUGAUGAUGAACUGACGUUAACUGAAAUCGCUCGUGCUUCAAAAAGUCGCGGACAGAAAAAGGAAGUGCACGUGAAAGGCUCCUCUAAUUCGUCGCGGAAGAGAAAAAGAAGCAUGAAUGAUGGUCAAAUAACAUCAUUUGUUCCAGAAUUGGUUAAUCCUGGGAAUAAGUCAGGAAUAGAAUGGUCGUCUGAAGACGAUUUUUGUUCUGCAUUUUAUACGGAUGCUGAGCUUUGUCUGAAUGCUGUCUGUGCUUUGUACCGUCAACAACUAUCUGGAAACAAAUUCUCCUCGAUGAGUAAGAUCGACAAAAAUAGGAUUACUGCUUUAGGGGUGUUUUUGUGUCGUGGUGAUCCCGAAAACAAGCUCAAGAGAACAAUUUCGGAUGUUGAACCGGAAGAUCUUUUCAUAUGCAAGACACUGGCUAUUCGAUACUUUCGCCAAAUAUAUAGGAUAUACAAUAGCAAGAAAGACCAGCUGUUCUGCGCUGGUGCUGCUAUCCGCAAAUUAAGCUCCAGUUGACGCGAAGGCUGUCUGGUAGAGUUGUUGCACCAGACUACGAGCUCCCUCGGCAAAAAGUUCUUAUCUAGCUGUCUGGUCGACUUGCUUUGUUCCGGGAAGAUAUCUAGCUUUAGUAGGAACAAUUAGGUACUUAUUGUUCAUCUGUUGGACUUGAAUGUAGUAUUUUGAUUAUGAAUGGCUAUAUUUAUAGAAUUGUUUGAGUACGAUUGAACAAUGGAGGCAUGUUAUGUGUCGUCGCAUUAUUCGUCCACCUAUUCGAAACCAUGUUUGCUCGAUACACAUAUUGUUGAGUCAUGGUAUUGGCAUAACAGUCGCUGAAGCAAAAGAAUGAUUUAGCGUUUGAAUAACCAUGAGUAGCAACCGCGAGAGAAGAAAAAAAUACGUUUAAAU